GAAGGAUUUAGUGUUCUUCCACAUGAAUGGGAUGAUGAUGAGUAUCCCUCACAUGAAAUAAUUUGGUCAGGACAACAGGGGACCAAGGAAUUACGAAUCCCCUUGCCUGAUUUUAUUUGGCGACCUAGGGCAAUAAAAUGGUGUCAAGCACUUGAUGUUAUGUUCAGGCUUUUGGAGCUUGCCGAUACCGAU